CGCCGGAGAGAUGUCUGGAUUGAUUGAUAAAGCGAAGGAUUACGUAACCGAUAAGGUGGCCAACAUGAAGAAGCCGGAGGCCACCGUGAAGAACGUCGAUCUGAAAAACAUCGCCUGUGAUUGCAUCACCUACAACGCCGAGGUCAUUGUUUCCAAUCCUUACAGCACUUCUAUUCCGAUCUGCGAGAUCGCUUAUACCUUCAAAAGUGCCGACAGGGUGAUCGCUGAAGGCAAGAUUCCAGAUCCUGGAUCGCUAAAAGGCAAUGCGGACACGAAACUAGACGUUGGGCUUAAGGUGCCACAUAACGUGUUAGUGAGCCUAAUAAAAGACAUUGGUGCCGAUUGGGACAUAGACUAUGAAGUCAAUAUCGUUCUUAUAGUUGAUCUCCCGGUCUUGGGUGACAUCAGCAUUCCUGUUAAUAAUAAAGGUGAGAUCAAACUCCCAACGCUAUCCAGUUUAUUUGGUUAUGGUUCUGCUUCUGAUGAUUCUGCUAAAUGA